AAAGGCAACAUGUUGAAGCCAAAUGUUUGCAAAUGAGUGAAUAAAGUAAUGGAAAUAAAGUGGAUAAGUUCCACGUCUGUCGCGCUCACUAACGAGUGUUUCUUUAAGUGAGUGUGGGGAGUUUUCCUGCACCGGGUGAUAGGAGGGGUUGGAGAGAGUGACGCUGGCUGCGCCUUGGUGCUGAGCGGAGCGCUCACCUGCAGAUGAGAGAGCCGGGGAAACUCGGGACAGAGCUGCAGCACACUCGCGGAGCGCAAACACGGACCUAACGCACAGUCUGCCAGACGAAAGAGAGCGGGAAUAAAACAAAUCUCCGGAGGAGAAUCAAAGCGAACCCCGUCUCUGGUUUCCUCGUCCAGGCAGAAGCCCUGACGCGCGCACACGCCACCAUGAGAACUGACUUGGCUCUGGUCCUGACAGCAGCCCUUCUUCUCGACACAUUCUGGAGGAGUAAUGGGGAGCAUGUUGCCAAAGGUCCCUGCCGACCGGGCUUCUCUCAAAGCUUCUACUCUGUGCUGAUUUCAAAGGAUGUAUUGCAAGGCCAGGGCGUACGUAAAGAUACCACAGUAUCAUCACAAAAAGUGAAGUUUGACGACUGCAUGGGGAACGAGGCGGUGGUUUUCCGCAGCAGCAACCCCGUCUUCACCGUGCGGACAGACGGGUCCAUCUUCGCCCAGGGUGACGGCGCUAGCCUGGAGGAACCGGUCCAGUUUAAACUGACAGCGAGUGGCCCACAGACACAUGUCUGGGAGACUGUGGUGCAGCUGGCACUGAUUGACCCGCCAACAACUCGACAAAAUGAAAAUGAGGUCACAAAGGAAGACGGGAAAGACACCGCGAGAAGAGACGAGAAGAGCGCCGCGUUCCAAGCGCCGCCUCUCGUCAUCAAGUUCUCUGGCUCUGGCGUGAACGGCUCCAGGGGGCUGCGGAGGCAGAAGAGGGACUGGGUGAUCCCACCAAUCAACGUGGCGGAAAACUCCCGAGGACCAUUCCCUCAGAUGCUCGUCAGCAUUCGUUCAGACCAGGACCAGGACAUCUCAAUCCGGUACAGCAUCACUGGGGUGGGAGCAGAUCAACCGCCCAAUGAGGUGUUCAAUAUCGACCCGGUGCUCGGGAAGAUGUUUGUCACCAAACCUCUUGACCGAGAACAUCGCUCUUCGUACCACUUGCGCGCCCAUGCCGUGGACAUGAACGGGAACCAGGUUGAGAACCCCAUCGACCUGUACAUCUUCGUCAUCGACAUGAACGACAACAGGCCCGAGUUCAAAAACCAGAUCUACAACGGCUCUGUGGACGAAGGCUCCAAACCAGGAACGUAUGUGAUGCACCUGUCGGCGUUCGAUGCCGACGACAACACCACCGCGAACGGAAUGGUGCGCUAUCGAAUCCUGUCCCAGACGCCGCACAGCCCCAUCCCCAACAUGUUCACGAUCAACAGUGAGACGGGGGACAUCAUCACGGUGGCGCCCGGUCUUGACCGAGAGAAAGUGUCUCAGUAUACCGUCAUUGUGCAGGCCACAGACAUGGAAGGCAACCUGAACUUCGGCCUCUCCAACACGGCCACCGCCAUCAUCACUGUCACGGACAUCAACGACAACCCUCCCAUGCUGACCUCCAGAACUUUUUCAGGCGAGGUCCCAGAGAAUCGAGUGGGUGUUGUGGUGGCGAACCUGACGGUGGUGGACGCCGAUCAACCGCACUCGCCGAACUGGAACGCAAUCUACAGAAUCAUCAGCGGAGACCCGUCUGGACACUUCACCAUCCGCACUGACCCUGUCACCAACGAUGGCAUGGUCACCGUGGUUAAGCCUGUCGACUUUGAGAUGAACCGCGCCUUCAUGUUGACAGUGGUCGUCUCCAACCAGGCCCAUCUAGCCAGUGGCAUCCAGUCUUCGCUCCAGUCCACGGCGGGUGUCACCAUAUCCGUCCAGGACGUCAACGAACCCCCGUAUUUCCCCACGAAUCCAAAACACAUCCGCUUCGAGGAGGGCGUCCCCGCCGGCACCAGCCUGACGACCUUCUCCGCCUCAGAUCCUGACCGACUGCAGAUGCAGCAGAUAAUCAGGUAUGCAAAGCUGAACGACCCGGCUGACUGGUUGUCCAUCAACAGAACCAACGGUCAGAUAGUGACCACCGCGAUACUCGACCGGGAGUCCAUAUACGUCAAAAACAAUAUUUAUGAAGCCACGUUCCUGGCAACAGAUAAUGGCUUCCCUGCGGCCAGCGGCACAGGCACGUUGCAGAUCUAUCUCAUCGAUAUUAACGACAACCCUCCAGCGCUCUUACCCAAGGAGUCGCAGAUCUGCGAGCGGGUGAACAGAAACAUUAACGGUGUCAACAUCACCGCUGCCGACGCCGACACCGACCCCAACGCUGGGCCUUUCGUCUUCGAGCUCCCCAACUUCCCCGCCACCAUCCGACGCAACUGGACAAUCUCCCGGAUCAGUGGCAACUACGCCCGACUGGGCUUGCGGUACCAGAUCUAUUUGGAGCCGGGGGUGUAUGAGGUCCCUGUGAUUGUGUCCGAUUCAGGGAACCCUCCACUGUCCAAUAAGUCAGUCAUCAAAGUGAAGGUGUGUCCCUGCGAUGAAAAUGGAGACUGCACCACUCUCGGUGCGGUCGCAGCCGCGGGCCUGGGAACUGGAGCCAUUAUCUCCAUCCUGAUCUGUAUCAUCAUACUGCUUUGCAUGGUGCUAUUGUUCGUGGUGUGGAUCAAGCGCAGAGAGAAGGAGAGGCAGACCAAGCAGCUGCUCAUCGACCCCGAGGACGACGUCAGGGACAACAUCCUCAAAUACGACGAAGAGGGAGGAGGAGAAGAGGACCAGGACUACGACCUCAGCCAGUUGCAGCAGCCCGACUCCUUGGAGCACAUCAUCAGCAAACCGCCUGGCGUGCGCAGGGUGGAUGAGCGUCCCAUAAUCCCCGAGUCCCAGUAUCCAAUUAGACCUGUCGUUCCCCAUCCUGGAGACAUCGGGGACUUUAUCCAUGAGGGUCUGCGAGCGGCAGACAACGACCCCACUGCUCCUCCCUACGACUCCCUGCUGGUGUUUGACUACGAGGGCAGCGGCUCCACCGCCGGCUCCGUCAGCUCACUCAACUCCUCCAGCACAGGGGACCAGGACUAUGACUACCUCAAUGACUGGGGCCCGCGCUUCAAGAAGCUCGCCGACAUGUACGGCGGCGGGGAUGAGGACUAAAUCUGCCCGGUCACACGCACACACGCACACACACACACACACACA